AUGUCGUCCAAAUACAUGAGACAGUUUCCCUUCUCCGUCUACUUGAAGGCCUUAGCGGUGCUGGACAGCCUCGUUCUACUUCACUACGGGAUGACCUGCGCGGACAUUAUCAAAUACGAGGAUCCACCGUUCGCUUUUCGGAUAAAGGGAUACAUCGCCUGUAUGAUUUACCCUUACUUAGUGCGAGUAGCUCAGCUAUCGUCUGCCUGGUGUGUCGUCAUUUUCACAGUGGAUAGAGCUGUCGCCAUCUGUGACCCGUUCUUCGCUUGUCAAAAUGUCACCAUCUCCCGCGCGCGAACUGCUGUUGCUGUUGUUGUAUUUGUCCUAAUGUUAUCUCAGCUCUAUCAUCUCAUCCUCUUGAACCUUGACACCGACUACUGUCAUGAACCCUUCUCCUUUCCUAUAACAGCCUCCGAAUUCGGAGCAAUGGAGGUGUUAGUUCUCAUCUCACGCAUCGCUCUCUUGCUUCUCGUGCCAUUUCUCACCGUUCUCUGCUGCAACUUGAAGGUUAUUUUUGCCGUGAAACGAAGCAGUAAAAUUGCGGGUCUAAAUCUACAGUCGUCAAUAGCUUCACCAAAGUCCCAUAACCACUCGCGCAGAAGCGACGCCGAGAGAAAGAUGUCCAUAAAACUGUUCUCGAUCUCUAUCACUUACCUGUUGUUGUCCCUGCCAAACGCUGUAGUUAUACUGAUGGAUUUAAGAGCUAUUACUCUUGGGGAUGACCAAUGGUAUUCACAGAACAAAAACAUCCGGUUCAUUGCAAACAUGAUUUAUAGUCUUAACUUUGCUAUCAACUACCUGUUAUAUGGUUUCGCCUUCAGGAAACAGGCUGUGCUGUGUAUGAACUUCAAGAAGACGUCACCGUUGACCAAGUCUAUGUCACAAAGGCAGUUGCCUUCGUCUAAGAAAGAUAGCCAAAAAACUACAGAAGCUUUCGAUUACUGA